GAGCAGCCAGUCGGUUGUUAUGAAGAAGGCAGUGCGGUGCAUUAAUCCCAAGAUGGCCAAAAUAUAUGUGUUGUUUUUCGUGUGAAAUGUUGUGAUUGUGUGAUCUAUUAGUGAUUUAGUGCGCCCCCACGAUGGCGGAGAUAAACGUGGACCUCUCCAAGCUCCCCGAGGAAGUGCGGGACAAAUUGGCUGAGUUGGAAUUAGAACUUUCUGAAGGUGACAUCACGCAGAAGGGCUACGAGAAGAAGCGCAGCAAGCUCCUGGGGCCCUAUGUCGCCAAGCAGUCUGCUGAGGUGCGACAAGAGGCCGUGCAGCAAGCUCUGGCUGCCAUGCAGAACCGGCCCAAGCCUUCCCUCCCCAUGCCCUCCAAGAGGACGUCCGUCAUGGCCAAGAGUCCGGACCGGGAGAGGCACGAUUCAGCCUCGAGCACGGACGACGACAGCCUGGCCAACGACGACAUCCAGAGCACGCCGGAGCGCGAGCGCGCCAGCAGGAUCACGCCCGACACGAGCAGCACGGGGUCGGCGCGCGAGACGCCGCCGCAGCAGCGGCUGCACCGGCCGUCGCGCGGCACGGGCAACUCCAACGCCAACGGCGGCCCCGGCCACACGGUGUGGGAGGAGCGCGAGGACCGGGGCAAGCGGUCGCGGCAGGAGAUCACGCAGUUGGCCGACGUCAUGCACAACCUCAACCCCUACUCGCAGCCCCCCGACGUAACCCACAACACGGCGGGCUCCUUGGCGGGCUCCAGACGCAUGACCGGUGCCGACCGGGUGCACAGGUUCAGCCAGUCGAGGCACUCCGCGGCGUCCGAGGACAACAUGGGCACCGUCACCAGCACCGGCCGCUGGAAGGUGUCUGCCAAAAUACAGCAGCUUCUCAACACGCUGAAGCGACCCAAGCGUAGACCGUUACCUGAAUUUUAUGAAGACGAUGACAUUGAACUGGAGAUAGCUGCCAACCCUAAAGACCCCAAUGCACCUAAGCCCGAGGGAGGCACCAUGACCCCGGCCAUGGGUGAACAGCUUGUGGUUCCUUCGGGUUUACCUCGAAAUCUGGAGGCAGCCAUUCAAAGAUACGGCUCUGCCACCUACAAGGCUCCUGUUGCCACGGUUUUGGACCCAAAUGGAAAACUUAGCAUUACUUUAACUUAUGGAAAACUACUGAGCCGAUCACAGAAAAUUGCAUACACCCUAUUAAACCGCAACUUCAGUAAGGGGGAAACUGUGUUGAAAACUGGCGAUAGAGUCGCUCUUAUUUACCCUAACAAUGACCCCAUCAACUUCAUGUGUUCAUUCUAUGGAUGCCUGCAAGCAGGCAUGGUUCCUGUUCCUAUUGAAGUGCCUAUUACAAGAAGGGAUGCAGGCUCCCAACAGAUUGGUUUCCUCCUUGGCAGCUGUGGAGUUCAGGUAGCACUGACCUCCGAAGCUUGUCUGAAGGGCUUACCUAAAACAACCGCUGGCGAUGUUGUUGCAUUCAAGGGAUGGCCUAAACUACAGUGGUUUGUGACUGAACAUCUUGCUAAAACUCCUAAAGACUGGCUCCCUCCACCAAGACUAACUGAUGACACACCUGCUUAUAUUGAGUACUCAACUGACAGAGAUGGCUCUGUAAUGGGAGUGACUGUGACAAGGGCCGCCAUGAUGACCCACUGCCGUACUUUGACGAUGGCUUGUAACUACACCGAAGGCGAGAACAUGGUCUGUGUACUGGAUUUCAAGAGGGAGGUUGGCCUCUGGCACUCUGUCUUGACCUCCAUACUGAAUGGAAUGCACAUCAUUUUCAUUCCUUACGCCUUGAUGAAAGUGAACCCCGCAAGCUGGAUGCAGAUGAUCACAAAAUACAGAGCGAGUGUUGCGGUCGUGAAAUCCAGGGACUUGCACUGGGGCUUACUUGCCACCAAAGAUCAUAAGGAUAUCUCCCUUACAUCUUUGAGAUUAUUACUGGUAGCAGAUGGAGCUAACCCUUGGUCUCUAUCAUCUUGUGACCAGUUUCUGAGUGUUUUCCAGAGCAAAGGGCUCAGGCCAGACGCCAUUUGUCCUUGUGCUAGCUCUAGCGAAGUGUUGACUGUAUCAGUGCGCAGGCCUGGAAGAGCUGGAGUCAAUGCAACUGGUCGAGGAGUUCUGUCCAUGUCUGGUUUAAGUUUCGGUGUUGUUCGGGUAGAUCAAGAGAACUCUCUCACUUCACUGACCUUGCAAGACUGUGGUCAAGUUAUGCCUGGUUGUGUGAUUGUGGUUGUGAAAAUUGAGGGCACUUCUUUCUUAUGCAAGACCGAUGAAGUUGGAGAAAUCUGUGUGAACUCUGGCGCAACAGGAAAUCAGUAUUGGGGUCUACAGGGUCUCACUAAUAGUACUUUCAAGGUUUUACCUCUCCAAGCUGAUGGUACACCCCUGGGUGAUGCUGAAUAUGUUCGGAGUGGUCUGCUUGGCUUCCUUGGCCCGGGUGGACUUGUUUUUGUUUGUGGAUCACGUGAUGGAUUAAUGACUGUCACGGGAAGAAAACACAAUGCAGAUGAUAUCAUAGCCACAGUCUUGGCUGUAGAACCAAUGAAAUUCAUUUAUCGCGGAAGAAUUGCUGUUUUUAGCAUUAGAGUGCUACGAGAUGAAAGAAUUUGCGUCAUUGCAGAGCAGAGACCUGAUUGUAGUGAAGAGGAGAGUUUCCAAUGGAUGUCGAGAGUUCUACAGGCUGUUGAUUCAAUUCAUCAAGUUGGAAUCUAUUGCCUUGCUCUGGUUCCGCCAAACUACCUUCCUAAGACACCCCUAGGAGGAAUCCACCUUUCAGAAACAAAGCGAAGAUAUCUAGAAGGAACUUUACACCCAGCUAAUGUUCUACUGUGCCCUCACACAUGUGUGACAAAUCUUCCAAAGCCUCGUGAAGUGCAUUCUGACGUCGGACCAGCCUCCGUUAUGGUAGGUAACAUUGUACAGGGCAACAGGCUGGCUUCAGCUCAAGGCCGCGACAUGGGAGUCAUCGAUGAGGAGUCUGAUUCAGCUAGGAAGUAUCAAUUUAUCAGUGAAAUUCUGAAAUGGAGAGCACAGAGUUCCUCAGAGCAUGUCAUUUUCACUCUGUUGAAUUCUAAAGGGGCUGUGGCCAUGACAUUGUCUUGCUCUCAAUUACACAAGAAAGCAGAGAGAAUUGGUGCUCUUUUAGUUGAAAAGGGCCGUAUCAACACUGGUGAUCAUGUUGCCUUGAUUUUCCCUCCGGGAAUAGAUUUAAUAUGUGCAUUCUAUGGAUGCCUUUAUGUUGGUGCUGUACCAGUGACCAUCCGUCCUCCUCACCCACAAAAUCUACAAACCACACUGCCAACUGUCCGAAUGAUAGUGGAUGUCAGCAAAUCAGUUUUGGUUCUCUCAAACCAAAAUGUCAUAAAAUUAUUGAAAUCCAAGGAGGCAAGCAAUGUUGUGGACAUCAAGUCAUGGCCAAUUACAUUGGAUACUGAUGACAUGCCAAAGAAAAAACUGCCUGUGAUGUACCGAGCUCCAACAGCUGAAAUGCUGGCCUAUCUGGACUUCAGUGUGUCAACAACAGGAAUGUUAGCUGGAAUCAAAAUGUCCCAUGCAGCAGUCACAUCACUGUGUCGUUCAAUGAAAUUAGCAUGUGAGCUGUAUCCUUCACGUCACAUAGCCUUGUGUUUAGACCCAUAUUGCGGCCUUGGAUUUGCUCUUUGGUGCCUAAGCAGCAUAUACUCAGGACAUCAUACAAUUUUAAUUCCCCCCUCUGAGGUGGAGGUAAAUCCUGCUUUAUGGCUCUCUGCUGUAAGUCAAUACCGAGUGAGAGACACCUUCUGUUCAUAUGGUGUUAUGGAGUUGUGUACAAAAGGCCUAGGAACUGCAGUCACCACCCUAAAGUCAAGAGGGGUGAACUUGGCAUGUGUCAGGACUUGCGUCGUAGUGGCUGAGGAAAGACCUCGUAUAAACUUAACCAGCAGCUUUUCAAAAUUAUUUUCUGCACUUGGUCUCAGUCCACGGGCUGUUUCCACAAGCUUUGGAUGCAGAGUAAACAUUGCCAUCUGUCUACAGGGAGCUUCAAGCCCCGAGCCAUCAACAGUUUAUGUUGAUCUCCGAGCAUUGCGGAAUGAUCGCGUGUCUCUGGUGGAACGCGGCAGCCCGCACUCCCUGUGCGUCAUGGAGUCUGGUAAAUUGUUACCUGGAGUCAAAGUCAUCAUAGCGAAUCCCGAAACUAAGGGCCAGUGUGGUGAUUCUCACCUUGGAGAAAUUUGGGUGCAAUCUAGUCAUAACGCCAGUGGGUACUUCACGAUCCUCGGCGACGAGGCCGAGUUCGCCGACCACUUCAAUGCCCGGCUGGUGACGGGCUCGACGGGGGAGGUGUACGCCCGCACCGGCUACCUCGGCUUCCUGCGGCGCACGGAGCCGGGCCAGCAGUUGCAGGGCCCGGGCGUGGGCCCGUGCGGCCCCGGCUCGGCGUCCUCCACGGGCACGCUGGACGCGUUCGGCGGCCUGGGCAGCGGUUGCAGUGGCACGCUGUCCAGUGUGGGCACGACGGGCACCACGGGCACCACGGGCUCCUCGGCGUCCGCAUCGGGCCCCGGUACGGGUACGGGAGGUGAGGACGACGCAACGUCCAUCGCCACGCUCGCUUCGCUUCAAUCGCAGACGCCGUCACAGCAGCUCGGUGACGCCCCAGAACUUCAUGAUGCAGUAUUUGUUGUUGGUGCUUUGGAUGAAACUAUCAUGCUGAGAGGCAUGCGCUAUCAUCCCAUUGACAUUGAGAACAGUGUGAUGCGCUGUCACAAGAAAAUUGCUGAGUGUGCGGUGUUUACAUGGACAAAUCUUUUAGUUGUGGUUGUUGAGCUGGAUGGUAAUGAGAAUGAAGCGUUAGAUUUAGUUCCUUUGGUCACCAACACCGUUCUUGAAGAACAGCAUCUUAUUGUUGGAGUUGUGGUUGUAGUUGAUCCAGGUGUAGUUCCAAUUAAUUCUCGUGGCGAAAAGCAGCGCAUGCACUUGCGGGAUGGUUUCUUGGCAGAUCAAUUGGAUCCAAUCUAUGUAGCCUACAACAUGUGAUUUUCUUUUAAGAAUAUGAUUAUUGUAUUGAUUUUAUUAAUUAGCAGCAUCUAUUCAAUAUCUUCAAAAGCCUUGAAAUAAUAAAUUUGCUGGAGAAAAUGGAGCUCUGGUACAGGAAGCUGACAUUACUAAAAUUGAAUUGGAUUGGUUGAGAAAGAUGUGUUUCAUUCAUUGCUAUCAACCAAGGGUUAGUCACAGCCUUAUUUGUGAGAUAAGUUGGAGUAUAUCCUGAACCACUAGAAACAGUUAUGUUCCACUUUGCAAAGGUGAUACAAUUGAUUAACAUAGACUCUGGUUUCAGGUUUGUGUUAAUAUCAUGGUAGGCUUCCUUGUAAGGCAAGAUGUUGAAUCAAAUUCUAUGGCUUCAAGGCUUUUACUCAAUAUCAGACUAUUUCUCUGGUUUGUGUAAGGAAAGUAAAUACAUAGCCAAAAGAUAGAUGUAUUAGUAAAUAUUUGUCAUUAAUGGUCAUUUGCUUUCUUUUUUUUUUUAGUAGUAUGACGACAAUAGUUUUAUAUCUCAUUGACUGUGAGAAAAAAGAUUGUGAUUGUAACUAGUGUAAAUGUAUUGCUGUGUAUGCAGUAAUUUUUGAGCCACAGUAUGUCCCAUUUUACAACAAAAGUUAUUCACAUGAUCACUGAUCAUCAUUUAAGUAUGUGGUGUUUUACGGAAUUGUGCCAUGAACUGUUACAAUGUGUGAUCAAUUUUAAGCCCAGACCUGAUUAUGGCACCAAUAGAGACACCAGCUCACAAGCAUCUUUUUCUAGUCAACCAGAUUGUGAAUGGUUUACAUGUCUCUUUAUUUGGUGAUACAAACAGACAAGGGAAUGAUUACAUUCUCGAUAUAAUCAUAGAAAGCAUACUUUUGUUUGGUUUUUGUACUGUUGUAAUGUUUUGUUUUUUGUUGUUUUAAAUAUACCUACCUUACUUAUUUUUAUUCCUUGCAAUGCUCAACUGUAUCCCUGGUUUAGUAAUUGUUGUUGUCCCUGAUUGUUUUUCUACAAAAAAUUUCUGAAUUAAAGAAGUGUUAACAGAAAAAAAGUCAUUUUUUAUACCAUUGUAAGUAAGGCAUUUCAUGAUUAUGACUUUUGUACCGUACCUCUUAUAAUUCUGCAGUAGCACUGAAUUCUUUCCAUUUGUUAAACAUUUCCUAUAAUGUGUCAAGUUGUACUAAGUUGUAACCAAAUUAAUACUGGACCAAAUUAUACUCAGCAAAAAAACACCUUAGUUCAAUAUUGAUCUGUCUUCUUUUAUUCUCCCCCAGACUUGGAUAAAGUUUUGUAUUUCAUUUCUGACUUCAUCUGUUUUGUUGCAUUGAUUCAUAGUUAUUAUCCCUGUAAAAAUAUCAAUUUCUUCUUGAUGCUAACUUUUUCUUUUAUUGAAGCAUAGCUUUAGACAUAUGUAUGCAUUUGAUUAGCUUAUGGAGGCCUAUGUGAAAUUUCAUUACACUGAGCUUGUAUGCUUUUACUGCAUUUAAAAUGCUGCUCUGUUAUUUUGGUGUUACGAGUUGCUGAUCAUGAUCAGUGUCUGUCAUGGUCGCUCUACAGAUAUUUGUUGGUACGUGCCAUAUCUGGGAAGCCAUGAUUUAAGCUCUUAGUUGAUUAUUUCUCAACUUCUUUUAAAGCAAGUACCUCUUUUGUUUGGAUUGUUUUUUGUAUAAAAAACACAAAGCUGUAUUAUCAGGACUUAAUGAGAACUCCACUAAAUAAACGGUCAGGGUAGACAAAGGGCCUGUGCAAGUUGUCAGCAAUCAAUUCAGAUUAAUUAACUGUUAUCUAGUGACGCACACUUAUUAGUAAUUAUUUGGAUAAUUUAAGUGGUAUGCUCAAGAUUUGUGCCACACCUGUUCUAUUUAUGUUUAAUGGAUUACUGCCAUCCUUUUUGUAACUGGGGAAUUUUCAUUUACAUGUCUUUAAACAUUCCCAACAACCUUUUAUUUUACAUCCUCCUAUCAUUGUACUCUACGAGAUUAAGGUUUAGCUUUCUGCAGUUUGGAAUUGAACCAUUCUACAGCAUUUCGCUAUGACAAUGCACAGUGAACAGAUAUUUGUUACUGACAACUUAAUAAACAUUUAAUUGACUUUCAAUUUAAUGAAAACCUUUGUAGUACCUCUUGGUGCUGUACUGGUUCUAGGUUGCUUUUAUAAUCAAUCUAUCAUCUGUAUACAACUCUUAAAUUAAUUUGUCUAGAGAUGUCAUGAGUAGGUCUUUUUGUUUGCUUGUUAAGAAUAAUAUAUAACAGAGCUUUUGAUAGUAUGUGUAAGUAUAAAAUAGUGAUCUUUUUUUAAUCUGUUAACUUACUUUAACUGAAUUUGAAUACCUGUACAUCUAGUUGAGUUGGGUUAUUUAGGACAUCACUUUUCAUCAUGUUGUGUUUCAGCACUGCCUGGCACAUUUCCAUUUCGGUGUUGUACCUCCCUGCAUCACAUCAUGAAAUGUUUGUGGUUUCAUGUUUGUGUAAUGACAAAGAACAAAAAUAAAAGUAGUUCGGCUGUUAUGUAGACAGCAUGCAAUUUGCUCUUGUGUUUCUAGUGUUCUGAACUAAUGAAAGAAUCGUAUCGUCGGGCUCUAAAAGACAAGAUCCUCAAGUUCUUUUUUACUGAAAAUUUCUCAUUUUUAUAUUUUGAUUCUGAACUUGAUUGAUCUCUGACCAAAGGCCACCAAGAAAAACAGAACCUGAAAGAUUUAAAACUAGGUUUCUUCAGAAGCGACGAUGAGACUGCUCAUGCCCUCACAUUUUAUUGCUAUUUUAAAAACAUGGCUCUGUUUUGAUGUGUUGUUGUCUCAUACCUUAUAUGCCAUAAGUGAUUUUUAGUGUGAUGCCCACAAAGUAUGGCCCCUAUAUUGACUUUUAAACAAAGUUGCCAGCCACAUCAUUAUUUGGAAAAAUACCUGGCUAAUAAUAUGAAUUCAUCAUUGCUCAAUUGGUAGCCCUCAACCUUCACAAACAUACGAUAUCACAAACUGUAAGCGUGCCUCUUUGGCCCAAUUCUUGUAGAGUCAGUUUUGGUCUGACUAUCUUGGAUGUAACAGAUUAGUAGAAUUUGUAACUGUGUUGUAGUAAGUACCAAAAUGUUAACAUUCAGUAGAAAAAGUUCUACUUUCUCCUUGCAUGAAAUGUUUUGUACUCUCCUUCAAGCUGUAAUGUUAUGCUGUCUGUGAAUGCCAAUGUAAAUAAUAAUUUUUAGCAUGUAAACCAUGACUGAAAUAUGUUUCUUUCUUCCUUUUAAUCAACUAGAUUUUCUUUGUUACUUUUUUACAUUUACAAACAUUCUUUCGUGCAGGGAGAGGGACUUGAUUCUGCCAUUUUGUAGAUAGUGAGUCAAAAUGAUCUCUGUGCAAACUGUAUUUUAAGUUCUUUUACCGUUGCUUCUUAAGUUGUAAAUGUCACCUUGUAGAAAUUUAUGUUUUCAUGAUUCCACCAUCUGUUUAUUUUGUUGUUUUUCUUUUAAUUAAAACUGUAUUGUUGUUAUUUUCAUGAAUGUAUAUAUUAUAAGCAAGUGCGAAUUAUUUUACUGUGAAAUCCAUUUUGUCUGUGUUGUGAGAUCUUCCUGAAAUUUAAUUUCAGCCAUCAAAUAGUGUCUUUUCUUCUGCAAACAUUGUGCACCUGUCAUAUAAAGCCCUUCUGUUACAAUUUAACACGAUUUUGUGGGUUCGUAUGUGUUCAGAGUCAAUGUGAAAUUCUCAAAUAAAAGCAAACAAACAAGCAAA